AAACCAUGGCCAGGUCCAAGACCACCGUGAAACCUUCGAAGGCCGAAAAAGCGAAUGGCGAUAUCUCGUUGAAGAAGUUGUCUGCCACCAAAAAGGCCGCACCAAAAGUUGCUGACGUCCAACCCGAGGUUACGGACGAAGAACAGCUGGCUGCUCCGGAAAGCGACGACGAGGAAGAGGGCGGGGAAGGUGAAGAUGAAGACGACGAGGAGAGCGAGAGCGAGUACGAACAGGGCAUGGAGCGGAUUAUGGAGCUUUUGGGCGAGGAAGGGCUAGACGACUUCGAUCGGGCGCAACUGGUUGGGUUGGCUGGCGACGACGACGAAGAGGAAGAUGAUGGCGAGGAGGACGAGGAAGAAGCUGGAUUAGGUGAGGAAGCAAUCUCUGGAGAAAGCGGUAGCGAGGAAGAGGAAGAGGACGCGGAGGAAGGAGAUGAAGAAGAGGAGGAAGAAAACGACGAGGAUGUCGUUGCUCUGGACGAGCUCGAGGAUGCAGAACUGGACGCGGACGCGGUUCCUCAGCAAAAAGUCGAAAUCGACGACAAGAUUGCGCUUGAGCGCAUACGCGAGUCAAUACAGCUCGACCCUUCGCUCUCCUGGACGGAGACGCUCGUGGUCAGCUACCCAGAAACUAUCGAGGUUGACGUCGAUGACGAUCUCAACCGCGAGCUUGCUUUCUAUAAGCAGGCCCUUCAUAGCGCGAACGCUGCGCGUGCGCUCGCCGCCAAGCACUCCUUCCCGUUCACCCGACCCAACGACUAUUUCGCCGAGAUGGUCAAAUCCGACGCGCACAUGGAGCGCAUCCGGCAACGCCUCCUCGACGAGGGCGCGGGCAUCAAGCGCUCCGAGGAGAAGCGCCGCGAGCGCGAGGGCAAAAAGUUCGGCAAACAGGUGCAGCAGGAGAAACUCAAGGAGCGCCAGCAGAGCAAGAAGGAUAUGGAAGAUAGGCUCAAGAAUCUGAAGCGCAAGCGCAAAGGCGCUUUAGACAACGCCGAGGCAGACGCGGACGGCUUUGACGUCGCAGUCGAGGACGCGAUCGCUGACCGCCCCUCGAAACAGUCUCGCGGACGUGGUGGGAAGAAGGUCUCUCGCGAGGGUCGGGAUCACAAAUUUGGGUUCGGCGGGAAUGGACGUCGGUCAAAACAAAACACCAAAGCCUCGACGGACGACUUUGAAGGUCGGAGAGGCGGCUUCAAGGGUGGUAGGGGAGGCAGGGGUGGUAAGAGCGGGGGCACUAAAAGGCCAGGGAAAAGCAAGCGCGUCGCUAAUCGUAGCAAGUCAUGACGUUCGAGAGGUACAUGCUAAUCCUUCAACGGGGUAUUCCAUCUCAUGGCCGCGUGCAGAGAUGACUCUGGUAUCAAAAUUUCGCUCGAUUAACCUGCUGUAUCAUUUCACGGAUCGUGCCAUUGCAGUGUACUCUAUGACCAUUGCGCUAUCGUCAAUAUGUG